AUGAACGGUCUAGUCCGUGGCGCCACCGCCAGUUUGAGCCGGCGGUUCGACGGUUAUGAGCCGCUGGAUCGAGUGAUGAGAAGUGCAAGCAGGCGUGAUGUUCGGCGGAGGAGAUCAAUGUCGUUUAAGGGUAAGAAAGUGGCACAUGUUCCAUUGAGAAAUAAUGAAGACAGAGCCAAGCAAAAGCGGCAGAUAUUUCUCAACUCCUACAAGUUUGAGUCACCCAAAAAAUCUCAACGCUCAAGGUGUAUGAAGCUCAACAAGGUGGCUCGUAAGGUUAAGACGGUUGUGGCGAAGCUAGUGUCGUCGUUCUUCCGAAUUGGAGGUUUCCGAUCUUGUAAUUGUCGUUUGGCCAUCCAUGCCUCCUCUCCAACGCCUCGUAGGAAUUGA